AUGGACACGGACCCGCUCCUGCCCAAGACACCGCCGCCACCGUACGUACCAACAGCGUGGCGCAGCCCGCUCUUGCCGCUCUGUGAAUGGCACUACUUGGACGGAUUUACCUCGUGCUGCUGCCCGUGUCUUGCGCUCGCCGACGUCGCGGGGCACAUUGACGCGUGCGGCGGCUUUUACACGACGCUAGCCAGUGCGGGGCUGCUUGUGGAGCUGAUUCUCGUCCUGCAAGUGCUGGCGUCGUCGUCGGUCGUCCUGCGCGGGCUGGGCCUAGUCGCACUACUGGGAUAUCUCCUCCUCAUUGCGUCGCUUCGAACGUCCGUGCGGCGAGCGCUCAAGAUUCGCGGCUCCGAGCUAGGCGACGCGCUCGCGUCGGGUCUCUGCCCUUGCUGCACGAUCGUCCAAAUGACGUCCGAGGUCCGCCAGCGCAGCCCACCGACAGAUCUUUUGGUGGCGUACCUUCCGGAAUAA